AGAGUUCUUCAAGCCUAGUACACUUUUCGUUGUUUAUGUUUUGUACAGCAACACAUUUGGACUUUGAAACGCUGGUGUCUGUGAGGCUUGGAUAGCCUGAACCACAAGUACCCGGCCAAAAAAUAAAGAUAUGUUUUGAGUGAUAUUGGACAAUACUGCUCAGAAUGAACAGCGAGGAAGAGUUCUACGAUGCUGAGACAGGUCUUGAAUCAGAUGAUGACUCUUGUGAGGUCAAUUUUGAAGAUGCCCAAGUGUAUGACAGCAAGCAUUCAUCCAAUGCCAGCACACCUCAGGAAAAUGGAGUGUGGGAGCGCAGGAAAACCCUGCGUGCUCCAAUGAUCUCCAGACAUGACUACAGUGUAUGGGGCAUACUAAAGAAAUGCAUUGGCAUGGAGCUGUCCAAGAUAACGAUGCCCAUCGUGUUCAACGAGCCCCUGAGUUUCCUCCAGAGAAUGUCAGAGUACAUGGAACACACUCACCUCAUCCACAAAGCCUGCACCCUGUCAGACUCCAUAGACCGCAUGCAGGUGGUAGCUGCUUUUGCAGUUUCUUCUGUGGCAUCUCAAUGGGACAGAACUGGAAAGCCAUUUAAUCCUUUGCUGGGAGAGACCUAUGAACUCACACGUGAGGACGAGGGGUACAGGUUGAUCUCAGAACAAGUGAGCCACCAUCCACCUAUCAGUGCCUUCCAUGCCCAGUCUCUGAAGCAGGAGUUUGAGUUCCACGGCUCCAUCUACCCCAAACUCAAGUUCUGGGGCAAGAGCGUGGAGGCGGAGCCUAAAGGCACCAUGACACUGGAGCUGCUCAAACGUAAAGAGGCGUUUACAUGGACAAACCCUCUCUGCUGUGUACAUAACAUCAUCAUGGGCAAACUCUGGAUUGAGCAAUACGGAACUGUGGAAAUAGUCAACCACAACACGGGGGACAGGUGUGUGUUGAACUUCAAGCCGUGCGGCAUGUUUGGGAAAGAGCUGCACAAAGUGGAGGGCUACAUUCAGGAUAAGAGUAAGAAGAAGCGACGUGUGCUGUAUGGGAAGUGGACAGAGUGUAUGUACAGUGUGGCGCCUAAGGUGUAUGAAGCCAACAAGAAGAAGGCAGAAAAGGGAGAUGCUAAGAAAAAUAAACCGGAGCAAAGUGCUGGAAAACAGGAGACUGAAGAUAUGCCUGGGGUUCAAGAGACCGUCUCUGUGAUAACAGGAAGUGCCUUACUAUGGAGAAUAACCCCACGACCUGCACAUUCUGAAGAGAUGUAUAACUUCACCAGCUUCACCAUGACACUGAAUGAGCUGGAGCCUGGUAUGGAGAGGCUGUUGGCACCCACAGACUGCCGUCUACGACCUGACGUCAGAGCAAUGGAGAAUGGAGACCUGGACACAGCAAGUGUAGAGAAGGACAGGCUAGAGGAAAAACAGAGAGCUGCACGCAAGGAAUGUUCCAAGGAUGAAGAAGAGUGGUCAACCAGGUGGUUUCGGUUGGGAACAAACCCUCACACAGGAGCCCAGGACUGGCUGUACACAGGGGGAUAUUUUGAUAGAAAUUACACAGACUGUCCCAACAUUUACUGAUGGGGUAGGAGGCACUAGGAAGGGUUUCCAUCACCACCCAUAGUGGAUUGAUGUAUGCCCGAUGAUCCCGUUCGUUCUCAGCCUUAGAAUGUUAGGCAGCUGAGCCCACAAUUAUUACAGUUUUCCCAACCUAGACAAACCUUUCCCGCAAUACAACAAUGGAAUCAAGAAAUUAAUAUGUACAGUGGGGAGAACAAGUAUUUGAUACACUGCCGAUUUUACAGGUUUUCCUACUUACAAAGCAUGUAGAGGUCUGUAAUUUUUA